UUUACGCUCUCUGACUGCUUUUCAGGUCGUUUUCGGAAUCCAUAUUUGUAUAUCUUUAACCCGGAUAUUAACCGUAAAGGUCACCAACUGCAGACAGAAUGGAGGUAGACGACCUCGUAUUUUUCGUGAAUGGAAAAAAGGUAACAGAAAGCAAUGCCGACCCGGAGACAACCUUGCUGCAGUAUCUGCGCUCUAAACUGCGUCUUCCUGGCACAAAACUUGGCUGUGGAGAAGGCGGGUGUGGUACAUGCACAGUGAUGAUAUCAAAGUACGACCAGGAACAGGACAAAAUACUUCAUCUUGCAGCCAAUGCCUGUCUUGUCCCAAUAUGUUCUCUCCAUGGCCUCGCUGUCACUACAGUGGAGGGGAUUGGUAGCACUAAAACGAGGCUACACCCAGUGCAGGAGAUAAUAGCUAAGUCCCACGGCACACAGUGUGGUUUCUGCACUCCAGGAAUGGUGAUGUCAAUGUACACGUUACUAAGGAAUAAGCCAAAACCGACAGAGGAGGAAGUGGAACAUGUGUUUCAAGGAAACCUGUGUAGGUGCACUGGCUAUAGGCCUAUCUUGGACGGGUUUAAAACGUUCAGUAGAGACGUAUCAUGCUUAAUGGGGGAUCAAUGCUGCAAAAACCAACCAACUGCCAUCGAACCUGCAUUAGAUUGUGCUGAGUCACGUGACUAUGUCCCCUUCGACUCAACUCAAGAGCCGAUUUUCCCCCCUGAAUUAAAGCUCGCAAAUUCCUUAGAGUCAAAAUUGCUCACAUUCGUGGGCGAAAGGAUAACGUGGUUUCGACCAGUAUGUUUGGAGGAGCUUCUGGAAUUGAAAUACAAAUACCAUGAUGCCAGACUGGUCAUUGGUAGCACAAGUCUUGCAUUGGACUUGAAAGAUGGAAAAUCUGAUAUCCGAGUUAUGAUUGCCGCGACACACGUGCCAGAGUUGCAACAAAUUGUUAAGGAUGACGCGGGGAUCCAUGUAGGUGGCGCUGUGAGUCUCGCGAGAUUUGGGGAUUUUCUUGCUGAAAUAGCCAGUAAUAUCCCAGAACGUCAAGCAAGGAUCUUUAAAACCAUGCAGGACAUUGUUUAUGGGAUCGCAGGGCAACAGAUCCGUAAUGUGGCAUCGUUGGCUGGGAAUAUUUUGUGGGCACAUCACCAUUCCGACCUCGUUCCUCUCUUGAUGGCUACGGGAUCUACGAUAACCCUGAUAUCGAAAGAACGUGGUCGGAGAGAUGCUCUUAUGGACAACACAUUUUUCGUUAGUCGCAAAAAGUGGAACAUUGGAUCUGAUGAGAUUAUCUUGUCUGUCUUUAUCCCGUAUUCAAAAGAGAACGAAUUUGUGUCCAGUUACAAACAAACCCAGCGUAGAGAAAAUGCAGGAGCCAUAGUGAAUGCUGGGAUGAGAGUCCUGUUUGAAGAUGGAACCAAAGUCAUCAAAGAACUAUCACUGGCAUUUGGUGGCAUGUCUGAAACCCCUUCAUUGGCCCUUAAAACAGCAAAGAAUGUAAUUGGAAGAAAGUGGGACGAGCAGCUUCUAACAGAUGUAAGCCAAUGGCUGGCAGAAGAUUUCCCAGCACCUCCAGAUGGCAUUGGUGGUCAUGUGGCGUACAAGAGGACACUGGCUGAAUGUUUCUUUUUCAAAUUCUACCUAAAGAUACACCUAAAGCAGUGUAGAAAUGGGAAAGGUGAAGUGAGCAAUACAAUUCCCCAGUCGUACGCAUCUGCAGCGCUUACUUUGACACGUGGGACAAGUCGUGGCACGCAAGUCUUUGAGGAGGUGCCCCCUGAACAACCAGAAUACGACGCCGUUGGGCGCCCAUUGCCACACAAGGCCAGCAUGCAGCACGCAACAGGGGAGGCUCAAUAUUGCGAUGAUAUGCCAUUUUUAAACGGUGAGCUGUACUUGGCAUUAGUGACAAGCACCAGAGCCCACGCCAAGAUCCUCUCAAUUGACACUAGUGAAGCCCUUGCAUUGCCUGGAGUAGAGGUAUUCUUUGGCCACAAGGAUGUACCAGGAUCUAAGAUCAGAACAGAGGAAAUAUUUGCUUCCGAAGAGGUGACUAGUUAUGGUCAGGUAAUAGGAGCCAUUGUGGCCGACACCAAAACGAAUGCACAGAGGGCGGCAAAGACUGUGAAAAUUGAGUACCAAGACCUUCCAACAGUGUUGACAAUGGAGGAAGCAAUUGAAGUAAAGUCAUAUUACCCUGUACAUGAGAAUGUCAUCAAAACUGGCGACACGGCGCAUGGCUUUGAGCAGGCUGAGCACAUCUUAGAAGGGGAGAUCAAAGGAGGGGGGCAGGAACAUUUUUAUCUGGAGACGAAUGGGGCUAGAGCCGUACCUAGAGGAGAGGAUGGAGAAAUUGAGAUAUUUUGUGGCAUACAGGGCCCGUCAGAUGCCCAGGCUGAGGUUGCUAGAGCUCUUGGUAUACCGAUGAACAGAGUACUCGUGAGAACAAAACGAAUGGGUGGGGCUUUUGGUGGAAAGCAACUGUACGAUGUUCUUUUGCCAGUCGCCCUUGCUGCACAAAUGUUGAACAGACCGGUGCGUUGUAUGCUGGAUAGAGAUGAAGACAUGUUGAUAACAGGAGGUAGACACCCUUUCCUCGCAAAAUACAAGGUUGGAGUGGACAGCAGGGGACGUUUACUAGCCCUAGAAGCCACGCUAUAUUUAAACGCUGGCAAUGUGUGCGAUUUAUCCCCAUACGUUCUAGGCGAGGCGUUAGACAGAUUUGACAGCUGUUACCUUAUUCCAAAUCUACUGCUGACUGGCGUCUUGUGCAAGACCAACCUCCGCUCAAACACGGCGUUCAGGGGAUUUGGUAGCCCUCAGUCAGUUUUGGUUGGAGUGGACAGCAGGGGACGUUUACUAGCCCUAGAAGCCACGCUAUAUUUAAACGCUGGCAAUGUGUGCGAUUUAUCCCCAUACGUUCUAGGCGAGGCGUUAGACAGAUUUGACAGCUGUUACCUUAUUCCAAAUCUACUGCUGACUGGCGUCUUGUGCAAGACCAACCUCCGCUCAAACACGGCGUUCAGGGGAUUUGGUAGCCCUCAGUCAGUUUUGGUUAUGGAGAACAUAAUCGAAGAUAUCGCUGUUCAACUAAAGAUCCCACCACGUAUGGUCAGAGAAGUGAAUAUGUACAAGGAAAAUGAUCUAACACCCAAUGGCAAUCGCCUGGUGAACUGUAACAUAGGACGUUGCUGGACUGAGGUUAUCAAACAAAGUGGAUUUCAUACGAGUAAAAAAGAAGUAGAAGCGUUUAACAGCAAAAACCGUUGGAAGAAGCGUGGCAUCGCCUUGGUUCCUGCCAAAUAUCCGAUUACUAACUAUCCUAAUCGUCAUCUACAGAACGGGGCUGCACUUGUUCAUGUGUACCAAGAGGACGGUUCAGUUCUGAUAACACAUGGUGGUGUAGAGAUGGGACAAGGAUUGCACACUAAGUUGAUACAGAUUGCCAGCCGAGCAUUACAGAUCCCAGUUCGGAAAAUCCAUAUCAACGAGACAUCUACCGAUACGGUGCCCAAUGCCACUGCCACAAAUUCCAGUACAAGCACUGAUUACUUUGGAAUGGCGGUAUUGAACGCCUGCAAAACACUAAAAGAACGACUGGCUCCAUAUGUCAACGAAAAGCCAAGUGGCACGUGGGAGGAUUGGGUGAAAGCUGCCUACAUGGACAGGAUCAGCCUAUCGGCGACUGGAUUCUACAAAGUACCAGACACAUGGGAUGACAGUUAUAUAAAGGGCGAGAUCGCAAAAGAAGCAUACCACACAUACGGCGCUGCUUGCUCCGUGGUGGAAAUAGAUUGUCUUACUGGAGACCACGUGGUGUUACGAACCGACAUUGUAAUGGAUGUUGGAAGAAGCCUGAAUCCGGCCAUUGAUAUUGGACAGAUAGAGGGCGCUUUUGCACAGGGUUAUGGGCUAUAUACCAUUGAAAAAUUAAGAUACACGUCUGAUGGAAAAAUGGUAACCACCGGUCCAAACACGUACAAGAUCCCAGGCUAUGCAGAUAUCCCUGUAGAAUUCAAUGUGUCCUUCCUAAAAGGGGCGUCCAAUCCAAGAGCUGUUUACUCUUCCAAGGGAAUUGGUGAACCUCCUCUGCUACUGGCGUCUGCAGUGUUCUUUGCCAUCAAAGACGCCAUAUCGUCCGCUAGAGCCGAGUCCGGUUUGAAAGGGAGGUUCCGAUUGGACAGUCCAGCCACGGCUGAGAGAAUCAGGAUGGCAUGCGAAGACCACUUCACAAAACACGCUCAGACACAUUUCCAAUCGAAAUCAAGAUUCAUCGAUGAGUAGCUUCCUUUCGACAACUAUCGUUAAGAGGCAACCAAGCGUUGAAGAUCGAGUUCCUGAACAAGAUGUAUCUUGUGUUCUAACCAACAAUAUCACCAUGAAGUUCUGUAUUCGGAAUUGGAUCAGGAAAGAAGAUAAUAUUUAUAACAGACAUAAAGUGCAUAUAAUAUUGGAAUUCAAAAGUGGCGCCUUCCCGGCAAACUCCCCACUACUGCACUGAUGCCGGUGUGACAGAAAUGAUAGUCUUGGGAAUGGAAGUUAAUAGUACAGGUUAGAGCAUUGGGGAUAGUGUAUAGGACGACUCACAUAUGUCACCAUGCAGUACAAAGUAAUGGAGAACGGACUACAGUUCCUAGCGGACUACCAUGCCUGUCCCACCGGUGUAACCACUUGAUGGCCAUGUGACAUUAUUUGUUCCUUUUCUUUGUAGAAAGUUUUUUUUUUUUUUU